UUUUAUUCUGUAAGAACAAGCUGAGGCUCCAAAAUCAGAGCUCCAACAUGCACUUUGUAGACUCUAACUAUGAUUUACAGGUAUGAAGUGGGUGCUACCCUGUGGCCUCCUAUUGCUGCCAGUGCUUGUUGAGUCCUUUGCAUGUUCAGCCUCAUUAAAUCCUAUCCAUAAUGGUGAAUCUUUAUGCUUUAUUAAUCAGGAUAUACACAAUAAAUGUGCAUGAAUUCCUGGGGUAUUAUCUUGUCCACCUGAAAUAUUGUAUGUACCUUUUGAGGAGCUGUACUCUAUUGAGAUCAGGACAUUGAAGAAUACAGUCCAAAGGACUCUUCAAAGCAAGGUCUACAUUUCAAGCUUGACUGCUACAAGUGACUGAUGAACCUGUAUUGUGAAGGCUUCCAGCAAUCCUGGGGCUGGCAAACCUGACCACAAAUGAGAGUUCUGCACAGCUGGGAUCCACAAGGAACCAAACUUGUCCAAUGCUUGACCUUGUCCAGCGCUGCAGUUUCCAUUUUUACUCCAGCUUUGAGUGUUGGUGCCUUUCCUACCGAGAGACUGGAAGAACUGACACCUCCUUGCUGCAAAACAUUAUGCCAGGUAAAAAACUAGAAUCUGCUUAUUCAUGCAAUUAAUUCAAGCUAAUUGUCAUCCUCCCCCUUGACAUCCUGGAAUUGUGUGUUCCUGUCAGUAAAAGUUUGUGAUGUGGCACUUGGCAGUUUGUCAGCACAGCGCGUCUUUCUGGGAGAGCUGAUCUCGCAAGGGGAAACAUCCGUCUUGACCUGUGGGAGGGCCAGAUCCUGGGAUUUUCCAAGAAAUUUUUUUCCACACGGAAUUUCCCGUCUCGUGAAGGGCAGGCUAGUUGAGGGGAUAAAAGGCAGAGCGUUACAGAGUCCAGACACUUGGAGCUGAACUUGAUUUUCAAGGCUGGUUCAUCCAGUUAGCCACAGAACGCAGUUUUUUGGGAAGCAGCGCUGAGGAAUUCUGUCACCUGGACACUGCAGCUACAAACUCUGUCUGCUAAAAGAGAAAACUCUCAGAAACAUGAUUUGCUUGCAGUUCCUCUCUCUUCUUACCUAUGGACUUACAGUGCUGCAGGGGGUGAAUGGGUGGACAUACCAUUAUUCAGACACAAACAUGACCUACAGGGAAGCAGAGUUGUGGUGCAGAAGGAAGUAUACUAACCUGGUUGCCAUCCAGAACAAGGAGGAAAUCAAUCAUCUCAACGCCUUCCUACCCUUCAAUCCGGGUUACUACUGGAUUGGAAUCAGAAAAGUUAAUGGUGUGUGGACCUGGACUGGAACUAACAAGGAACUGACAGAAGAAGCAAGAAACUGGGCUUCAGGGGAGCCAAAUGGCAAAGGGAACAACGAGGACUGCGUUGAGAUCUACAUCAAAAGAGGGAAGGAUGAUGGCAAAUGGAAUGAUGAGAAGUGUGAGAAAAAGAAGGUUGCCUUGUGCUACACAGCUUCUUGCAACCCAUCUCUCUGCAGUGGCCAUGGAGACUGCAUAGAAACUAUCAACAACCACACCUGCCAUUGCAACCCUGGGUUCUAUGGGCCUGAAUGCGAGUUUGUCAAGAGUUGUGAUCCACUAAAGAAACCUGAUCAUGGGAGCCUUGAGUGCCACCAUCCAUUGGGGGAUUUCAACUACAACUCAUCCUGCACAGUUCAUUGUGAGGAGGGCUAUGAGCUGACUGCACUGGACUCUGUUCACUGUACCUCUGCUGGGGUCUGGUCUGCCCCCCUUGCAGCGUGCAAAGGUGAGCUUUCUGCACUGUACACAGCCCUAGUCAUACAAUGUGAAGCACUGAGCUCUCCUGAGAAAGGCUCUAUGGAUUGCUCCCACGGGGCUGGGAUUUUCACAUACAACACCUCCUGCCACUUCAGCUGCCUUGAAGGAUGGAGUCUCAAUGGCUCUCGUGUUCUUGAGUGCAGCCAUUCAGGAAACUGGAGUGCCAGCCUGCCCACAUGUGAAGCCUCUGACCAAGCCAGCUACAUCUCUGUGGGCAUAGCAGCCACUUCUGCCUCUCUGCUGUCCACAGCAUCAUUCCUCCUUUGGCUUGCAAAGCGCUUCCGGAGAAAAGCAAAGAAGUUUGUUCCUUUCAGGAACUCACAGGAAACAACCAGUGAAGGCAGUUUCCAAAGUGCUGGCGAGAAUGUCUAACUCAGAUGUUUAAGGAAUUGCAGCCACCUUCAGUUAUGUCUCAGAUUUCUGGAGAAUGAAACUGCCUGCAAAUCAGCAGCUGUCCAGAUGUUUUUACCUCUCUCUGACAAGAUGAUUGACCCUGUGUAUGAUUCAGAAAUCUUGAACUCAAGCUGUCUGGUAUUUCCAUUGAAGACAAGGAGAAAACUGGCCUUCUGGCCAAAUCCUGCCUACAUUCAGCCAUGCAGUUAUCCUAAACUGGGAGCUUGCCAUCUCCUGUCCAGAUGGUGAGCAAAUAGUGUGCUGCUGCCUAAAGAGGAGGCUGGUUCCUCCUCUGCUCCACUCAAAGGUACCGAGGUGAGGUGAAGACUUGCAUUAUUUCACAUCACUUACUACACUGCUGGAGGUGUCUCCUCUGCACUCACAGGGGUGAUGCUUGCACAAACAGAAGAAUCAGGAUGAAAAAAUAUUCACUGAACAGCUUUGAAACUGUUCAUCUGGUUUGUGGAAGUCAGUUCAUUUUUAAGAUGUCCCAGUCAAUAAUUAUGCCUGGAGUGAUAUGGAUUAUCACCCAAUUAUUUAGGUUUCUGCUGCAUAUCCCAGAAAACUUAGAUAUCCUUUUUUUCUUACACUAUAACAGCACUAGGAACCAUAGUGCUCACACAAGGUACUCUGGUUUCUGGACACAGCAGGUAGAUCUGAAAUUAUCUCAUCCCUGUGGGAUUGUGUACUGUAAUAUGUGUACAUACAUACAUAUUUAUUUGUGCAGCUUUUACUGUUGAUAUUUCUGUGCUCUUAACUGUACAUGUAUUGUAAAAUACUUGAGUAGGUCUCUGUGGCUGUUGAUCAAGUGAUCAGAAUUUAUUUUAAAAUAAAUUGGAGGUGUUUGUAAAGACUGCAUGCCUGCAUAAUGUUUAUGAAUGAAAUGGAAGACUGAGAUUUGCAUGUUUAUGUAUUGAAAAUACGAUUUUUUGAGCUGUUAAAAAGAUGAGACUCUCUCUUAAUUUAUGUUUAAGUUAUAUUUAUAAAUUAAAAAUCUCUCAUUUAACCCAAUAUGUAUUGUCCUAUUUGUAACAUUUUUUAAUAAAAUAUUUUCAA